GAGGAGACCCUGCGGCAGGCCUCGGAGACCGCCGCGCGGCUGCUGCAGGAGCACGAGCGGCUGCUGCGGGAGUCCUCCGCGUUGAUCCGCGGGCUCGCCGACCUGCAGGCCACGCUGUCGCCCAGCGCGGGGCGGGUGUCCGCACAGCUGGCGGAGCUGCAGAGGCUCGUGGCGCUGGAGCACGAGUCGUGGCAGGGCGCGGAGGGCCCGGCGAGCGCGCUGGGGGAGGAGUGCGCCGCAGGCGAGGCCGCCGCGCCUGCGGCUUCGGCGCACGCCGACGGGCCAGCUGCCCCGGCGCCCAAGGCGUUCGCCUACCAGUGGCUCCUGGCGCUCAAGGCGCACGUGCAGGCCCUGGGCGUCGAGG